GGUACCUAUACCUACUAGCACUCUAGGUACCUAUCUAGGUACCUGGAACUCAAGGUAACUACCUACUCACACAUUAACUAUAGCUGGAGGUACUCGUAGCCCUCCCUCACCUACCGUGCCAGCCUUGCGCAUCUAAUCUCCCUCUCUCUCUCUCCCUCCAAGAAUGCGUACCUCAUUAUUGUGUUCUACCCCUUGUCCAUACGAGUUAUCGUGAUUCUGGUCGUGAUCUUGACAAAGCCAAAGCUACGCCAAGAUUGAUCCUUCCCCUCCAAGCAAUAAUGGCAACCUUUGCCUCAUUUAGGAUACAAACAUGGCCGAGCCUCUCUUCUCUGCCGUGACCUGUAUAAGCGAUCUUCCCAACUUCGCUUCACCGGAAAAUCGCUAGCCGUGCCGGAUCCGACUAUUAUAAAAGUAUCUCCUUCGCCUUGCAUCGAGUUCACUACUACACACAGUAAGGUUCUACCGGUAUCAGGCCAUGUCACCAUGUCCGCGCACCUACAACCAAGGCAAUGGCAGCCUCCAGCAUACGAGCACACAACGAAGGAUAUUUCAAAGCCAUCCGAACCUAGCGCCAGCACAAAUCUCACCUUUGUCUUGAUUGGCAACCGCAUAUUCGCGACUGACAAUCCCUCUCGGACGCUAUACCACCUUUCCUCAGAUACCUUAAGCGGCAAACACAAGGUGAUAAGUAUCGAAAAAUGCAUAUACAAGAUAAAGGAUGUCGAGCCACCGCGGUAUGAAGAUAUUGAAAGCGCAGUGUCACUCGAUGAUGACACCAAAGGUGCGAGAUCUACAACAUCCAGUCCAGUGAAGUCCGAAGGAAAAUUAUCUUUGCUGGAUGUUGGUUCUGCGUCCCCCCUCGAUCAUGCUCCACGCGUGACAUACCACCGCACAGAGAUAUAUACCAUCAAGAAGCCUUGGAUGCAGACGAUAGGUGACACCGUCGUGCUUGAAGGGGCGAGGAAGCAGUCAUUCAAAUCCGCGUAUCUGGUUUCGCUUCCAACGCAAUCCUCAUGGAGAGUUUGUACAAGUAAUGAGGUUUGGAACCCUGGGAAACUAGCCGACACAGUGGAGGUGUGGAAAAUAGAGAAGAAAAGCGGUGCAUGGACUUGGAAAUCAAAGAAUAAGGAGAUUCUGAGCCUGGAAAACAAUGUUGUAUCACAAACAAAUGAUAACAACGAACGUAACAUGAAAGUUGUUGGAAAAGUGAACGAGUGCGAGAUGGAUCUCCUGGUGUCAUCUUGGGUCGCAAGGAUUGCCUUCGAAGCGUGGAAGAUGGAUCAAGAGCCAAUGAGCUUUUCAAAAUUCCGACGACUAAUUUCGAAUCACGGGAGUGCAAGAGCGCCAGGCAUCUAUGGCUGAGGUUAUGUCGAAUUUCGUUCCGAUAGGAGCAGCAACGUUCUACCGGCUACCGGCUAUGCUGUUAAUCUAAUUUGCGAUUCGAUGUAUGUUUUCAGGAUCACAUCAAAUCUAGAAGUUGGCUUUCUCUUGUUUGCCG